AUGGCAGAGAAAGAUAGAGAAGGUCAGGAUCUCAAAACAACACAAGCGAAGGACAGGCGCUUCACGAUAAUGAAGCCGAUGACCGCGAUGUUGGGCCUGCUGCCGGCCUUCUGGCAGACCGUGCCACGAGGGCGGCCUGAAAACCCUCUCGAACUCGCCAAGGACGCGACGUCGAGCCGUGGACGAGCAAAAUCGCCGAUGGAACAGAUUCCGCAAAUGCCAAAAGAUAUAUCACGAUACAGAACGCGAUAUCUCCGUGUCGUUGUGCUCGAGUUUUUCGCUUUCGAGCCUAGCCUCACUGGAAAGCUGAUUAAGCGUGCCUUACUCCGGGCCACCAGCCACAUUGGCGGGGAGCCUCGUGGGCGCUGA